GUUAGCUGUGGGUGAGGCCCAGUGCUGGUGAGUGAGGCCCCUGUCUCCCAGAGAGACCAUUUUAAUUCUCUAACUUUGCACUAGCCAAAGUUAACCCAGCAUUGCAGGCUUCCUGUACUGGGGCCUUGUGCCAGUUAGGCCUAAAGGUUUCUAAUCGCUCCGGACGCAGGUUUUAGGAUUUUAUUUGUGGAUUUUCCUGGACUGGAUUAUUUUAACUUUUUUUUUUUUUUAAUUAUUCUUCUAAUAAAACAUGUUAAUUUUUAAUUAACAUCAAGAGUGGUCUCAUUCUUGACAACUCUUCUGGGGUCUUGUCCGGGAGGCCAUAUUUUUGCCCUAAAAUUCAGGAAUUUUGGUGAAUUUUUGAAUUUUUAAUUUUUUUUUCUAUUUUCCUUCCUUGGAUUUACUGGACAACCUUGGACCACUGCAGCUGAGAGGAAACGCCCCACUACAGGAACCUGACGAAAAAGAAAUCAAUCCAAUAGUUUGGGCAAGGCCUAAAAGCAGAGGAAAUUUAAAGCAGCUGAGAGAGAAGGGACUUGUACCACAGACACUACCACUGGACUUUAAUUUACAUCACAUCAACCCAAGAGACUGGGUAUUGAUAAAAUCGUGGAAAGAAAAGUCACUGACACCAGCUUGGGAAGGUCCUUUCCAAGUCCAGCUAACUACUGAGACAGCUGUGCAUACUUUGGAAAAAGGGUGGACACACAUCCAGUGUGUCAAAGGACCGGUAACACCACCAACUGAAGAAGAGUCACUAGAGUAAAGCUCCAAUAGAACUGUUGAUUUCACUUCUUAUAUUAACUCCCAGUUUCCCUUUUAAGACAUCCAAAUCAAUUACUACCUUUUCCCCAGUUAUAAAGUGUUAAGAGUGUUGUUCCAAAUAUUAUUGUUGUUCUAAAGUUGUUAUAUCAUAAAAAUUGUUUCCUCAAUUUCCACAUUAGAGUGCUCCAGUUGGAGGUAGUAUUCAUCCCUAAUAACAGCUUAAUCUGACUCUAAAUUUCAGGGCAAAACCAUUCAAAUUCAUAACAAGGCCAACUCCAAAAAUGAAGAGAUUCUUGAUGUCUGAUUAUCUGAAGAGUCCAUCUAAAGGGAUAAAACCCAGAAGAAGGACCAGAGGAGCAGGGAUGGUACCACCCAGAGACAGAAAGACCUGGGGGGUUAACAACUCUCCUCAAGGUAAUGUUGUCAAACAAGAGCAAAUGCACCCUGUUCUACACUGUAACCCUCUGGAUCCUGUGGUUUCCCUUCGCCCAGGCUGACAUCAGAUGUAACAAAUGUUCCAAAACAGUAUAUCAGACAGAAGGAAACUCAUACCAAAUUAAACACUUCUUCUGUGCACAUACUUGUGUGAACCCAGCUUGUUACAACUUAACUACACUAAGUACCUGCACGGAAAAAGAACAUAAAUACUGGAUUGGAAGAAAUCUUGGCAAUUCGGUUCAUAAACAAAAGGGAGAAUGCCCCUCCCAAGAAGAUUGGCUCUGUUUUAACUAUAUAACAAAAACAGAAGAUGUGAUCAAAAGAAAACCUUAUGAUGUGGACCUGAUUCAAGAAAUAGUAAUCAAUGAGAAAGAGAAACAAAAAGCAGAAAGUCCUUUAGUGUCAGGUAAAAAUUUGUUCAUUGAUCUGGCUGAGAGAGUAAGUCAACAAUUGAACCUUACAAAUUGCUGGGUGUAUGGAGGAACUUUGGAGUUGGAAAGUUGGCCUUGGCAGGGAGUCAGUAUUGGACCCCCUGAUUUAAUCCGACUAAAUGACCUCUCUCCUACCACCCGACAUGAUAAUGGAACAUGGCAACUAAAGAACACUGUUAUUGGAGAGGAAUGCAUAUGGAGAAAAGGGAACAGGUUUACAAAAGAAGUUGGAGAAACAAUUUGUAAAAGGUACUUAGUAAUUGAUGGGCAAAGGCACUGGUGGAUACCUCAAGAACCAGAAGUUUUCUGGUCAACAGAGAAAAUUAAAAACAAAAAUUGUAUUUUAAAUCCAACAGAACAAUUCUAUCAAUGCUGGGACCAUGGAAAUCCUUACUCAGUCUUGCCACAGAUCUCUAAAUAUUGGACUUCUGCUUCUAGCAUCCAACCUCACUUUUGGGAAGCACCUGAAGAUCUGUACUGGAUCUGCAGUAACAAAGCCUAUUCCAAACUACCACCUCGCUGGCGAGGAAGCUGUACCCUCGGAGCUAUCCAACAUAAUUUUUUCCUUUUACCAGAGGAUGUUGGAAACCAUCUAGGAAUUGCACUUUAUGAUGAACUGACUAGAGCUAAAAGACAAAAAGGUUUUAAUUGUCAUUGGGUUUUCCCUUCUUGGUUUAAUUUUUUUCACUGUUUUAAUUCCUUGUUUUAUUUGUUUAGUAACUGCUGUUGUUCAAAGUAUGCCCCUUACACAGGAUCUCCAAGGACAACGACUUCCUUCAGCGUCCACCCAAAAGAUUGUGCAUGUCAACCAGCCGAAGAAAACUAGAAAGAAGCAAAAGCUAGCCCAGCAGAUGUGGGACCAUUUUAAGGAACUCAAUGCCAUUCCUGAAGAGUUACCCAACUUCACUUAAAUGCAAAGACCAAACAGCCUGUGCAAAAGAGAAAAAGGGGGGACUUGUUAUAUAUGAAAUCUACCAAAUUGGCCUUUGUUUAAGUGCCCUGAUUUUGCAUGAUAAGGUGUUAAAUGUCCUAGUUUUGUAUUUUGCAUAUUCAGUGUUUUAAUUGCCAAAUUAGCCUUUACAUACUUAAAAUGCCCAUCAAACUAGUUAAAGAUACAAAGUCAAUUCUCAGAACCAUGUAAUCACACAGUUCUUAAUUAAAAAUCCCUGUUGAUAAAAUAUUCCCAAGUUGGAUCCUUUCCUUGAGCCUCAAACUUCCAAAUGUCUUGUUUCCUGCACAUACCCAAGUUAUCCAGGUUAAUUAGUAUGUUUUUUAAAAAGAUUCUUAAAGUGUUUAUGGUUCAGUUUUAAAAGUUCCUUAAAAUGACUGUUGAUUGUUCUGUUUUAAAAGUUCCUUGAGGUGUUUGUGGUGCAGUUCAAUGCUUUUGUUAGUUGUCCUUAAGUUGUACAAGUUCCUAAGCCCAGCUCCAGGGGCAGACUUUCCAAGAGCUCUGGGGGGGCAUUUGCCUCGGGUUAGCUGUGGGUGAAGCCCAGUGCUGGUGAGUGAGGCCCCUGUCUCCCAGAGAGACCAUUUUAAUUCUCUAACUUUGGACUAGCCAAAGUUAACCCAGCAUUGCAGGCUUCCUGCACUGGGGCCUUGUGCCGGUUAGGCCUAAAGGUUCCUAAUUGCUCCGGACGCAGGUUUUAGGAUUUUAUUUGUGGAUUUUCCUGGACUGGAUUAUUUCAACUUUUAAUUUUUUAAUUAUUCUUCUAAUAAAACAGAUGUUAAUUUUUAAUUAACAUCGAGUGGUCUCUUUCUUGACAGACAGGUUGCUUAGAUAGGGAUUUAUGACAGUAGGAGAAUGUCAGGGUUUUU